CCUGUGAUAGAUUUUGGCGCCAAAAGCCGUAGUUCAGCGCGAGUCUGUGUUUAUUUUAUUUUUAUUGAACAUUGAACAAAAUGAGCUUCUCUCGGAGUGCCCUGCGCUAUGCGCACACCAAUGGAUACACUGGACUCCUGUACACGCCGAAGGGCGAGUUCAUCAUUACCUGCGGCACCGAUGGCGACAUUCGCCACUGGACGUGCAUCAGCGACGAUGACCCACGCUCCACCUGCCUGGGUGAGUUUGUCAUGUGCAUCGCCCACUCGGGCAGCCGUCUCCUGGCCUCCACGGAUCGCAACACCAUACAUGCCUACACCUUUCCCGACAUGGACAGCGAUGGCAUCCUGAUGCGUUUCACCGCCCCAGCAACGUGUCUUAAGGUGUAUGGCGAGUACACGGCUGCAGGCAGCGAGGAUGCAACAAUUAAGGUGUUACGGGGCGACAAAGCCGGAAAUGAAACCGUCCUGGAGGGUCAUUCGGGACCCAUACUCGCCCUGGACAUGUUUAUUGAGAGGAAAUUACUGGCCUCAAUCAGCGGCGACGGCCAGCUCAAGGUGUGGAACUUUGAGACGGCAACAGAGCUGAAGAGCAUUACUGGAUUGCCACGGGUGAACAGUUUCGAGAGUGCUACCCAAUACGGCACGCCCAGCUUCGAGCCCCAGAGCGGGGAACUGCUGGCCUAUGCAGCGGACAACGAAAUUGUGGUGCUCAACACGGCCAACUGGGAGGUCGCCUACAAGCUGCGCGACGACAAAGUCUCCAGCAACUACAGCUGCUGCCAGUUCUCUCCAAACGGGGAGCGUCUGGCCGCUGGAAGCACCAAGGGCGAAGUGAGCGUCUUUGACAUAAAGAAGCGCAAGGCCAUCUCUGUGGAGUCGCCCCCAAAUGAUUGCAAUUCCAUCACUUGCUUGGCCUGGAGCCAAGCGGACGAGGAGGAAGUGGCCUUUUGUGAUGCCACUGGCCAGCUGGGAACCGUAUUCAUGAGCGACGAUACAGAAGCCGAUUUGCAGGAGGAACUGGAAUCAGAGGACGUCCGAGCGGAUCUGCUCAGCAAAUUUAAGUUCGUGCGAGCAGGAAAUCCAGAAGCGACUGAAGAUGAUGGUGACGGUGUUAGUCUGGAGCAGUUGAAGCGCGACGUCAUGAACUACGCGGAUCCCAUUGAUGAUGAGCUCUCCAACCAGUCCCUGGCCAGCGGCAGCAGAGUGGCCCCUGCUCCAGCUGCUCCCCAAAUGAAACUUUUCAAACAGCAGUCUGCCUUCCAGCCCAGCGCCACGCCCAGCGAUCUCGAGCACCGCUACUUGGCCUGGAACGAUGUCGGCAUAGUCACAGGCCAUGUGGAGCCGUCUGGCGAGAGCUCCAUAGAUGUGGAGUUCCAUGAUGCGAGCAUUCACCAUUCCCUGCACAUAAGCAACUACAACCAGCACAAUCUGGCCAGCGUGAGUAGUGGAGCGCUUGCCCUGGCCUCCAACGAGUCCAGCAAGCUGGUGGUGAUUGCCCUGGCCGCCGCGGGAAACAAAGAGUGGUCGCUCAGCUUGCCGGACUGCGAGUCCGUGGAUGCGUUGGUGGCCACCAGCCACCUGGUCGCAGUGGCCACCAGUGCCAGUUUCCUUCGCAUCUUCAGCGUUAUGGGUACCCAGCGCGAGGUGCUGAGCAUACCAGGCCCCGUGGUGGCCAUUGCCGGACACGAGCACAGCCUGAUGUUGGUCUACCACAGCUCUGCUCCAAGCCAGACCCAGCAGCAUCUCUCGGCCAUGCUGGUGAAUAUCAAUGGACUGAGUCUUCGUCUGGAACAUCUGCCCGUGCCCCUCACUCCUGGCAGGCAGAUAGCCUGGCUCGGCUACACUGACACCGGGUCGCCUAGCAUGGCAGACAACAUGGGUCUGCUGCAGCUGUACAGGAAGAGCAGCAAUGCCUGGUUCCCCAUUUGCGACACCAUGAAGCAGAGCUCCAGCGUGUCCAACAACUACUUUGUAGUUGCCGUCUCCGAGCGGCGGCAAAUUGUGCAGGCAGUCCUCUGUCGCGGCACAUCCUAUCCGAUGACCAAUCCCCGCCCCAUGCUGCAGGAACUGCGCAUGCAGAUCCCACUGUGCGAUAUCGAGGUGGAGAAGUCGGAGCUGGAGGAUGCCCUGCUCCGGUCCAGUCUGAUGCAGGUGGAGGGUGCCGAGAAGAUGCAGAAGGAGACCGCCAUCAAGCUGUUUGCUCUGGCGUGCAGCAGCGAAUGCGAGACACGAGCCCGCGAGCUUAUCGUGUCGAUUGCCUCCACUGAGCUCCUGCAGCUGGCUGUCAAAUAUGCCACCAAACGAGGACGCAUUCAUCUCUCUGAUCGACUGUGUGAACUGCUGCCCCAGCUGGAGGCUAUCCAGGAGGCGCGCAAGCAGCAAACGCUUCUGGGCGCCAGUGGGAUAGCAGCCACCAUUGUCCUGCCCAUGACUCCUACGGCGGGAUCCCAGGGUCAGGGACCCAAGCCCAAGGCCAUCGAGUUGAGCUCCUCGAAGCGCGGGGCCCUGAAGCGUUUCACCAAUUCGCCAAAUAUGUUCAAGGCAGCUGCUCGACCCUCUACACCCGAGACAACCACCCCACUGGAUACGCAGGAGAACAUAUUCGGAGACGCCGACGCCGAGUCCGAGGUAGCGACCGGUAAAUCAUCGGAGCAGCGUACCCCUCUCAACUCUGUUAAUCCCUUUGCCAUGAAACGCAAACUGGUCGACACAGGCGUUAUAUUUGGUUCCGAGAAGUUGAAGCUCGCCAAAAAAUAAACUUCUAAAUUAUAAGCCUAUUAAAUUUAAAUAACUAUAAUAAAUAAAUCGUUUAAAUAUGUGUGACCAU